AUGGACUCACUCUUCGACUUCAACCAGAGCACUACGCAGCAGUCUCCAGUGACCGCUUCCGCAUCGCACCAACAUGACUUGCUCUCGCCAUACGACGAUAUGGAGGAGAGGCAUCAGUAUGGCGGCCCGAGUCAUGACUACAAUCAGUACAAGCAGCAGGUUGGCCUGCCUGUAGGAAGCGUGGUCAAUAUGCCAAUGAGUCAGCCACAGAUGUUCGACAGCUUCAACUCAGGCAUCGACACUAGCAUGGAUGGCUUCUACUCGGGUAUUGACCUUGAUGCCGACCUGAGCAUGGACUUCAAUAACCCGCAGUCUUCCAUGCCAGCCAUGUUCUUCCCGGACUCUACCACGAAUGGACCAUCCGACAACUUCGUCAACCCCAAUGCCAUCCAAGAGGAGUCUGCCGGCAGUGUCGGGCGUCUGUGGCCAGGUAUGCAUUCGCAGCAGGCUCGUACUGCUGCUAUGCAGAAGCAACAACAGACGCACGCGAUGCAGCAGCGCCAGAUGAAGUUGCAGGCUCAGCAUGCCCACUACCGUCAAGCCAGCAAUGCCUCGCAGACUCAGGUACCAGUGGCAGCAGCCCCGGCACCUGUCGUUGCUCAAAAUAACAGCAAGCGUCCUGCUCCUAUUACCGAGCCACACGUCGAGGAGAGUAUCUCUCGUCUUCUCAACCAGAUGCGCCACCAAAGCGCUAUCUCUGACGAGGACGGCUCCCAGGAUGACAACCUACCACACAUCGCUCGCAUGAAGAAAGAUGAAGACGACAUGGAUGAGGAUGAGCGUUUGCUCAACUCGGAUGAAGGCAAGAAAUUGUCCAGCAAGGAGCGUCGCCAACUUCGCAACAAAGUAUCUGCUCGUGCAUUCCGUUCAAGGAGGAAGGAAUACAUCUCCCAACUCGAAGGCGAAUUGGCACUCAAGGCCCAAGAAAGCAACUCACUCCGCCAAGACAACUCUGCUCUCAUGCAAGAAAAUCAACGCUACCGUGGUCUGAUCGAGACACUGCUCCGCCACCCAGCAUUCACACCCUUCAUCAACGACAUCUCCAAGGACCCUACCGUCUUGGGCAUGCCGCAGCAACAGACUCAACAUCUUCAGGCACCUGCUCAGACACCGGCUGCUCAGCAGCAGCCUCAACAACAGCAGCAGCAGCAGCAGAACCAGAAUCAGCCACAACAAGACGUCAAGCCCGAAUUCAUGAACUUCGAUGCCGGCCAGCUCGAGAUUCCAUCUCAGCAGCACCAGCAGCCGCAACAGCAACAACAGCAGAUCAACCUCGCCAUGAUCCCGGAAGAGAACUUUUCCAAGCUGAACCUCAACAACGGUCUCCGCAACUCCAUGAAUCUCAAUGGCGGUAAUCACUUCGGUGUCAAUGCCUACGCCGUCACUGACUUACCACCCGGACCCGACCCACGACAACUUCUCUCUGCUGCUACUUAUGACUUUACGAAUGGCUACGAUUUCAAUACACCAUCUGCUUCUGAUCUGUUGGCUAGGCUUGAUGAUGCUGCUAGGAGGACUUGA